CUCACAACCGAGACGUUGGCAUUGAAUGUGACACUCUAUUGCCAUAUUUGGCUGAGAACUUUUAUUGGAAAGGUUUUUACUUCGAGCCUACGAACUCCUCUGAGAAAAAAGAAAGCUCUUCGCUGGAGUACGUGGACAUUGAGAAUGCUCUUGAGGGCAUAAAUGCCGUGGAAAACGCUCCAGAUUUAUUACAUGUUAAGAUCCACGAUAGCGCCUCCGGCUUAAAUGUAAAAGAACUUGCCAAACCCUUGGCCGUGGUCGAUUCUUCAAUCCUUGGGCCUCUUCUGGCUGGUGUGAACAUCGAGAACUCCUGUGGUAAUGUUGUCAUUGAAAAUGUCACAGUUCAGAAUGCACGAUUUGAAGGAGGCCUUAUCUAUACGCGCCUGGCAAUGAAUUUCUGUUCUGUCAUUCCAGAGAAAGCUUCUUUUCCUUUGCUCCUAAAUGCCGCUGGAAAUCAUCACCCGGUUAAUUGUAGCAAG